CUCUAAACAGCUAAAAUUUUUUCUUCAAGAGAAAAAUCUGACAUACAAACUUGAUCAAAAUGACCAACGCCUGGAGAGCUGCUGGAAUUACCUACAUCCAAUACUCGAACAUUGCAGCCCGAGUUCUGCGUGAAGCCUUGCGCACGGAGCUGCGCACAGAUGCUGCCAAGCGUAAUGCAAGCCAUGUGAAAUUUACUCCAUGGGCCAACGGUAGGCCAGCUCACGAAAAGGCUUAAGUUCGAACAAUUUUGGCUCUCGAGACAGGUCGCGCCAAGCCCAGUCGGAAUCCUAGACGCUUGUCUGGUCUUCAGAGACGAUAUUAUCUGGAAGUACCGAUUGUGAGAGCCGUUGGGACUCCAUAAUUCAAUUUUAAAAAUUACAUCAAACCGAAUGUGUUGAAUUAAAAUAUUAAAAAAAAAAACGAUGUUAGUUUCAA